UCGUUUCGAUAACAACGAACAUUAAGUUCUUACAACUAAAUUUACGAAAAUAAAAACACACAAACAAACAAAAUGUGCGUAGAAAUCAUUACCAACGAAAACACAACCAACAUGGAAUACAACGAGAAGCACAGUAGCAGCAACAAGAAAAUGUCAUAUAGCAUCAAGAAAAUGCUCAAGAUAAUUUUCAAUAAGCGGAAGUCCAGUGAACUUAAAGUGAAUGGUGAUCUUUGCAAGCAAACCUCAAUGGAAUCAUUAGAAUCCUUGGAGAACAACCGCAAUGCUGAAGCCGAAAUUGAGAGUGAAAAUGAAGCAAAUGAACGCAUCUAUGCCGCUUCAAGCUGUAACUCAAGCAUCAGGUCAGAGGAUCAAUACGAAGAAUUAGCUACAUAUGUUCCAGUGCACUUUGUUCGAACUGAAAAUGGUACAUUCUUCUGGACUGCCACAUCUUCCAUUCCUGCCGAUGCUGAUUUAAUUGAACCACUUUGCUGCUCAACUGACAAUCAAACUGCCGUAUCCCAGUUCCACGAUCGGUGGGCUCAAGCUUAGAAAUUAUGCUGAGUGAAAGAAAGAAAGGAGUCUCUUAGUACAGAUUUAAAUAUGUCUUCCACGAUUAAUUUAAUAAAAAAAGCUUUAAAAACGUGAUAUUUACAAUAGA